AUGAACACAGAUAAAUACAGUCUCACUGAUACUAAACAACUGCGCAGGACAUAUUAUUAUAGUGCACAAGUGUACACGCAGACACAAGUGCACUCUCUAUUCCUGUCAUUCUCAUACUCCAUGGGACGACAUGACGAUGAGAGAUCAGGCGCUCGGUCAAAACUUCCAAAGAAGAGGCGUCGAGUACUGCCAGUGGAACAGCCGAGAAGGAAACGCGAUGCCAGCGCCUCCAACCGAAGAGUGAACGCAGUGAAACACCCUGUAGUUCUGAAAGAGCUACCAGCUAACAGUAAAUUCGGUGUAAACGGUAUGAACAUGAUAAGUUUAGCUCUACAGGGACCAUCAAAUUUACUUCGACCACCAGUUACUCAACCGUUACAAGCCAGAGCUCCUAUAGUCGAGAGUCCAAUAAUCAACACGCAGUGUGGUGCUAUUUCUUUGGCGUCUUUGCAACCACCCCUAAUGACCGCUCCACCCUUACAACCGAGACCCGCAACCACUGGCUCUUUAGAUCUUAUGUUACCCCUACAACCAAAAUUAUUACCAGGUUACAAUUUACAGUCAUCGUAUCUCUCUAACACCCUGUCAACCGUACGUCCCCCAGAUUUACCUAAAAAUGGUAAGCAAGAAGACUAUUUUAAACCAAAUUUUGAAGUUAUAAUCGAAAAACGAGAAUCAAUAAGCGAUUCAGUGAAAGACAAUGUAAUAUCAGAUAGUCAAAAUGUAGAUAGAGACAAUUUAAAUAAUGAAGAAAAUGAUAAUCAUGUCGAGAAUGAUGUUAACGAAAAUACAGAUUCAAAGGACGAAAUUAACUCAAACAUAAUCGAUGUAUCCGCAGAUACAAGUUUAAACUAUAAUGAUGAAAGUCCUAAUAAUAACUCCUAU